AUGGUCGCGCCUGCGAUUGACCAAGUGGCAUCUGCCUUUGGGAUUAACAACGCUGUUGUACUUGCACUCACAACAUCCAUCUUUGUGCUUGCUUUUGCGAUGGGGCCAUUGUGCCUGGGUCCAUUGAGUGAGAUUUACGGGCGGUCACGCGUUUUGCAACUGUCAAAUCUAUGGUAUCUUGCAUUCAAUAUUGGAUGUGGAUUCGCACAGUCAGAGUCCGAGCUUCUUGCAUUUCGAUUCCUUGCUGGCCUCGGAGGGAGCGCGGUUAUGUCGAUUGGCGCCGGCUUUCUUGCAGACUGCUGGCUACCAGAAGAUAGAGGACAGGGCGUCGCUAUUGUGGCCUUAGCCCCGUUAUUGGGACCCGUUGUAGGACCUAUCACAGGUGCCUGGAUCGCUCAAUUCUCAACCUGGAGAUGGGUGUUUUGGUCUACGUCUAUCGUGGAUGUAGCUAUUCUUAUCAUUGGAAUGUUUGUGCUACAAGAGACUUAUGAACCCGUCUUAUUGGAAAGGAAGGCAGAGCGGAUUCGCAAAUCGAUGGAUGCUGAAAAGGGGCCGCACAGACCAAUCUGUACUCCUUUCAGCCAAGAUCGCUCUUGGCGGACUAUCAUGACCAAAUCACUCAGUCGCCCAUUUGCACUUUUCGCCCAUGAGCCGAUCGUGCAGCUCCUCGGCAUUUACAUGGCGUAUCUGUACGGAUUACUGUAUCUCUUUUUGACAACGAUACCAUCGAUCUUUCAGGGCGUAUACCAGCAGUCGACGGGAAUCUCUGGCCUUCAUUACAUUGCGCUUGGAAUAGGGUUGGUCGGAGCGUCCCAGUUAAAUGCGAGAACGACGGACAAGAUUUAUGUUCACUUCAAGAAUAAAAACGGUGGAGUUGGGAAGCCGGAGUUCAGAUUGCCUGCUAUGGUCCCCGGAUCUCUACUACUUCCAAUAGGGUGCUUGAUCGUAGGCUGGACUUCUCAAGCCCAUACUCAUUGGAUAGCUCCAGAUAUUGGUAUGGCGCUUGUAGGAGCCGGUAUUAUUCUGAGUUUCCAAUGUAUCCAGACAUACAUCCUCGAAUGCUUUCCGCUCCACGCCGCUUCCGGUACGUAUAGUUUCGUUCCCACUUUACUCACCUCAAAUCUUUCACCUUCAGCGGUAGCCGCUGUCGCCUGUUUGAGGUCACUAGCAGGUUUUGGAUUUCCCUUGUUUGCUCCAGCAAUGUACGACGCACUCGGGUUCGGGAAGGGCGAUACUAUUUUGGCAGUCGCGGCAUUCGUCAUAGGCUGUCCUGCACCUUGGAUAUUUUGGCAUUAUGGAGAGCGAAUACGGAACAGCAGUCAAUAUGCGCGGUGAUGACCUAGACGACUUGGGGAGCGACCGACAUGGGGAUGGCACACGGCAUCUCAUAAAUGAUGAAUCCUGCGGGCAGUGACAGCAUAUUGUACCCUACAUGUCUACCACUGUUUCUAAGCCAAUAGUUUAUAGUAUGUAGCCGAUAUAGUAAACGCCAGAUACUUGUAGGAGAUAGCGCAGUGUGUUGUCUAAUAUAGGGCAAACACACCUCUUACUUGUCUCGUUUCUCUCAAGCAACUCUGGCGCGAUGUAUUGGGCAGUGCCCACAAAUGUGUUGGCUCUGCGCUCCGUUCUCCAAUAUCUUUCGGUACCAAAAUCAGUGAU